CAAGGUUCAAAGUCUUCCCUAUCCAGACCAUAUACAAGGAAGACAGUCGUUCCUUCUUGUGUGUAACAAUGCAGCAACAUACGAAAGGUGCCAUGAUCGAGAUGAGCGAUAAAUUCUCACUCGUCGAAACCAGUCAGGAUCCCAUAAUUUCACCUUCACCUCGUCUACCAGCCGAGAUCCUGUCUCUGAUCCUGUCUAGGAUUUUACCCUCGUCGGUCAAAUUAUGGACUACCCACUUGUUGAGGGAUUUCAUACAUGUCCUGCUCAGCUGCUGUCUUGUAUCAAAAGCCUGGUGCGGGCCUGCAAGGGAAAUGCUGUAUAAAUCUAUUCGACUGUCUCAGCUCGAAUCCCUUUACCUACUUCUGCGCACCGUGCGCAGCGAGAGCUUCGGUGGCCAUUGCCCUGCUUUUGCCCUCCAUUUCAGGCCUUCGUUUCCGGAUUUCGCUCUCAUAAAGGAUAUCAGGAAAUUCGCGACACUCGCUGGAGAGAUUGUCGUCUGCUGCCCGAAACUUCUUUUCCUGACAGGAGAUUGUGGUCUCCUGGACUUCACCAGCACCAUGUCCUAUCCUAGGUACCCAUUUUUGACGUACCUCAAAGUAUCUGAGCAGAACCUCAAAUUCCUUGCCCCUCUCCUACCUCAUCUAUGCAAUCUCAAGUCCUUCGAGAUGCUUCAGAGCUGCGGUGAUAGCGAUAUGCUGAACGAUUGCUUUGAGCCGCCUAGCUUCAAGCUUUCGAAAUUAUCGAUAUCUCGGACAAAAUUAUCUCCUGGCCUGUGCAAAUGGCUAUUCGCAUCCUCUUCCGAAAGUGUUGAGUCCUUGAAGGUGGAGGAAGUAGGCUCGAACCUGCAACACUUGAUUGAAGUCAUGGGAGGUUCUGUGAGGGAGCUUCACAUCAAGAGUAUGUUUCAUUACGAAACGAAGAGCGACCCAGAAUCUAUCAAAGUCAUAUCUGGGUUGGCAGGACUGCGAAGGCUUCGCAUUGACGGAUGGGAUUUCAAAACAGAACAUUUGCUCAAUUUACAAUCAUCAUUGGAGACAUUCGCGUUCUCACCCUAUGUCGCGCGUGUACGUGAACUCCGGACCCUGUUGCAGUCGGGUUGGCAGCCCUCCCUACAGUCACUGGACUUGCAUUUAGGGCCGUUCUCCAGUCUGGAGUCCUGGGGCGUGCUCGAGCGUGCCUCGCGGCAGUGGCAAGAUGAGCUGACGCAGACUUGUGCUGCUCGUGGUAUCCAGUUGAACGAGAUUUGUCCUACAUAAUACCUUGGCAAAUUGAUGUUUGAUAUUCCCCUCCUCCUUGUCUUUCUUAGUACGAUUCGGAUACGUCGUUUCUUUACUGAAUGUAACACCACAGUCGCGUGCAUGAACAGACUACCAUACGA